GCAGGAUGAGGCCGUGCUGCCUGCUCCUGCUGCUGCUCCUGGCGCCCGCCGCGGCCGUCUCGCCACAACCGGACACGUCCCCGGUGCCGGGGCUGGAGGGAACCCCGACAGCCGAGAUUCCCGGCUCCGUCCCUAUAGGAUCCGAGGGAUCGGUGGCUCCGGGGCAGGAUGGAUCCCGGCCACCAUCCCAGCCAUGGCGUUGGCCCUCGGGCUCCCUUCAGGCCGUGCUGGAGGCCCUGCGGCUGCUCCACCGCGGCUCCAAGGCUCCCUGCGCCCUGCGGCUGCGGGUGACGGGACCCGAACGGGGCUGGCCCCAGCGGGAGCUGACUUUCCUCGUGCAGGACGCCUGGUGCCAGCCCGCGGGGACGCCGCCGGCCGCCUGCCCGAGCUGCCACACCAGGUUCGGUCGCAACUGGGGGGCCUGGAUCCGGGAGCGCUGGGCCAGCUUCAGGCAGCGCCUACGGGACCGCGGCCGCCACUGGACCUGGGUCCGGCGGAGCCACAACGACCCCAGAGGGUCCUGAGGAGCCCCCGAUGUUGUGGGGGCUUCACGGACCCCCAACCCUAUUAACAUCCCUAUUAAUGUCCCAAUUAACGUCCCAAUAAACGUCCCUUGC